CUAAGUCAUAAAUUCCAAACUUUCUAUCCAGCCUAUAAAUUGACCCUUUUAAGCCUUAGCUUUAGCCCACCCUGUAGAAUUGAAGAAGAAUCAAAUUAAAGUUUCAUCUCCGAUCAUGAAGAAGUUUUCAGUCAUGUUCUUUUUCAUUCCUUUUAUGAUUCCCGUCAUGCUGGUCUCCGCAGCCGGAGACUGCAGCGAUGACUCCGGUUACGACGGACGGGACCGUGUCGAGGCCUUGAAGUUUAAGUUAAUAGCGGCUUUUACCGUUCUUUUAGCCGGGUUUCUCGGCGUCUCUCUCCCGAACAUCGGGAAGAAAUUCCCGAUGUUCCACCCGGACAGCAACUUCUUCUUUCUCGUAAAGGCAUUUGCUGCCGGCGUGAUCUUAGCCACGGGGUUCAUCCACGUGCUCCCCGAUGCUUUCGAGACCCUCGGCAGUCCUUGCCUGCCGGAGAAGCCGUGGAGUAUUUUCCCCUUCCCUGGCUUCGUGGCGAUGGUCGCUGCCAUAUUAACGAUGAUGGUGGACUUGUUUGCAACGAGCUUUUACAAGAAAGCCCAAUUGGACAACAAGCCCAAGCCCGUUGACGAAGAAAGCCUGGCCCAGCCUCACGCGCAAGUGCCCAUUCACACGCACGCGACCCAUGGGCAUGCUCACGGUUCGGUGGUUUACCCGGUUGAGCCUUUCGGCGGGUCUGAUCUAACACGGCGGCGCGUCAUCUCACUGUCUUAUUUUAUAGGUUCUGGAAAUUGGGAUUAUUGUUCACUCGGUAAUUAUUGGGAUAUCUUUGGGCGCAUCUGUCACCGUUGAUACGAUCAAGCCCCUUGUUGUGGCUUUGACUUUCCAUCAACUCUUUGAAGGCAUGGGACUUGGCGGGUGCAUUGCUGAGGCACAAUACGCACCACGUCCUACACUAUUAAUGGCAAUAUUUUUCUGCCUUACAACUCCGAUCGGAAUAGCAAUUGGUUUUGGGAUUUCACGUAUCUACAACGAAAACAGCCCAAUGGCCCUAGUUGUGGAGGGGUUGUUAAACUCGGUCUCAGCUGGAAUUCUGAUUUACAUGGCCCUUGUAGACCUCAUUGCAGCAGAUUUCAUGAGUGACAGGCUUCAACGCAAUUUAAAGCUUCAAAUUGGAGCUAAUACCUCACUUCUACUGGGAGCAGGCUUAAUGUCACUCUUAGCCAUUUGGGCAUAAUCAUUAGUAUAUAUACAAGAAUAUCAAAAAUCUUCUCUCCAUAUGCCGUCGGAAUAAUUGUAAUUAUGAGAGAAAAAAUUUACUUCUUUGUUACAAAAAGAGUAUUUUGGAUAGAAUUAGUUAGACUCUUUUUGUGACGUUGGAUAUAACUAGCAUUUCACAUGUGCAACAUUUUUGUGAUGUAAUAUAUGAGACGUUAAUAUAUAUAUAUAUAUAUAUACAUUUUUAAAUCAUAUUACUAUUUGCUACAUGAAUGAAUGAGUUUGUAAUAAGUAAAUACUAACAAAUAAUAAGUCUAAUAUUCGAU